AGGCAUUUUUAAAGAUAACUUAGUGGAAAGCACGUGAUACUAGAACUAUUGAGAAAGUAAUCGUGCGCUCGUUGUUUCUGUCAUGGCUGCUGUCAAGCUAGGAGCUGUACGCACGUGAAGACUACAAAUGAAGGGUUAAUCUUUGUCAGAAGCUUCGGAGGAUCUCUCUGUGCCCUGGUGAUGAUAACAUGAGCAUGUAUAAAUCAGGUUUGGACAUGCUCAGAUGUGCUCUGAGAUCCACGCCACGGUGUAAACGUGACUCUUUUAUACGGACACACAAGUCUUCAUGUUAUAAAAGCAGAAGCUUUGCUGUGCCAUCUCAGCUGGGCAGAAGCACGCAAGGGCACGCAUUAAAACAAGUGCGCUAUUACUGGCCGAGCGGAGAAGGAUUUCUAAAUGAACGAGCCACUGCUUCUCCAGAGACCAGCGAUCUCUCAGGUAAAGCGAAAAGGACUCCUUUCUACACACAUUUGCAGAAUUGCACGUGCCCAACGGACGUGUUGGACACAUUGGAGCAGUUCCCAGCGUCGCAGCAGAACGUCAGCAGCGUCUUCUCACGCAUGUGGGAGAUCUCGAAGACCAUGAAGGACGAGCAGCUGCGCUGUGAGCUGCAGCAGAUGUUUGAGCACCCGGAGUUUAAGGAGGUCUGCGGACGGGCCAUGACCGACGCCUGGCGCAUGAGGAGCAGCGAUCUGACCUACUGCCUGCUGGCCAUCGUCAGCCUGGGAGUUUCACAAAAGACACAGGUUGUCCAGACGCUGCUGCGCGUCAUACAGGAGCGGCUGAAUACGUUCGAUGAAAAGUCUCUUUCAAUAUUGGCUUCCUGUAUUCAAGACAUGGAGGACAGCAGGAACGUUCAGGCCCUGAGAGAGGCUUUAAGGUUGCUGCUAAAGGAUCGUAUUCCUGAGAUCCAGAGUGUGGUUGUUCUGCAGAGCAUGAUGCGCGCUGUGGGAAAAAACACUCCGAUACAUCUGAAGAAGCAGCUGGCGAUCAAAGCUCUGUCGUUGGCGGAUAAGUUCAGUUCAGCCAACAUCCAGUACAUGUUCAUCAGCCUGGCUGCCAUGGAGCUGAACUUCAAACCUCUCCUGGAUUUGUGCAGCAAGAGAUUAUCUGAAAACGUGCAUGAAUUUUCCUUUUCUACACUUCUUUCGGUACUGAAGUCCUGCAAUAAGCUUCACUACAGGAACUACACCCUCUUCUGCUCCAUCUCGGACUUCAUGGCCAACACGUUUGAUAUGUGGUCCAACAGAGAGGUGACUCUCUUUCUAGUAAUGUUUGAGGAUCUCUUGUUCAGACCCGUGGUCCUGUUGGACGCAUUUGCAGAGAGAAUCAUCCAGAAGUCUGAAAGUCUGACCCUGAAGAAUCUUCUUUCCGUUUUAAAAGUCUUUUCGCUCCUAAAUCACGACCUGAAAGAAAAAAAACCACUGUUUCUGGACUGUGUAACAAUGGUCUUGGAGUCCUACCUUCCAAAGAUGUCUCCCACGGAACUACUAAAAGCCGUCCACUAUCUGGGAUUGCUGGAGCAUUUCCCCCAAACCUUGCUGGAAAAACUGCUGCAGAAGGGCCCGCUGGACCAGCUCUUAGAGAGAAGCCAACAGUCAGAAAACAUCCAGAGGUGGCUGUCCAUGUUAGAUCUGUGUUUGCGACUGGAUAAACCUCAGCUGCCGCCGUCGCCGACCUCUCUUCCAGACCUGCACUUCUCACGGCCUGCUCUUACGGUCACGGCCAACAGUGACGUGCAGAGUGCGGUCAGGAGCAUCGUGGGAAAUGAUGCCGUUCAGGACAGUGUGCUGGAGCAGGGCAUUUAUUUCAUUGAUUGUGUGAUUACGCUGCCUCGUCAGACAGAAGAAGCCCGUGGCCUCAAUGCAGAGGAUUCUGGGUCACCUCAGUCUGCCCAAAGGAUCGCGGUGGUCUGCACCACCCAUAAUUCAUUUUGCUUUGGCACAACGCAUCCUCGAGGCAGCUUGGUUAUUAAACUUCGCCAUCUUGAAAAACUUGGUUAUAAACCUGUUUUGGUUCCUGUCUUUGAGCUCAGCUCUAAAACUGAGGAAGAGAAGAUUAAAAUGCUACAAAAGCUAAUUUUUCCAGAACAGGAAUCCGGCGCUACACAGGAAAUACCACACGAUAGUCCAAAAAAUGAGUAAAAUCCACUGUGUUUUAUUUCCCCUCGUGUACUGGGGACAUUUUGAUCUUAGUCUGAGAUGGAAAUAUGAUGCAUACUAUUUAUUGAUGUAUAAUAUCAAUACUGUACUGCUUUGUGCUCUUCCUCCAACGCCGACAGAUUGAAAUCAAUGUAAAAAUAAACAUGAAGUGAUUUUUUUUAUAUCAAAA